AGGCUUGGUGGAGCAUGCCUUUAAUUCCACCAUUCAGGAGGCAGAGACAGAAGCACACUGAUCUUUGUAAGUUCUAAGCCAGCUAGGAUACCAACAUAGUGAGACCCCAUCUUUAAAAUAUGUGUGUAUAUGUAUGUAUUCAUAAAUGUGUAUAUAUAUGAAGACUGUAUUCCUUUUUUUUUUUUCUUUCCUAUUUUUUGGAGCUGGGGACCGAACCCAGGACCUUGUGCUUGUUAGGCAAGCGCUCUACCACUGAGCUAAAUCCCCAACCCCUGAAGACUGUAUUCCUAAACCUACUGGUAAGUGCCUCAGUCUCAGUGUAGCCCUUGCAAUUGUACCUAAAAAGCUAACCACAAAAAGCUUUAUUUAUAAUCUAAUUUGUUGCAUAAUAUAGAAGUCAUGCCCAAAGCCUUUUCAUUUGAAAGGCUAACACUUUAAAGGGACACCAAACGGGCUUGGGUUUUGAGUUAAUCUAGGUAUUCAAUGGUCUAGUGUUACAGGAAAUGCUAACAAAAACGAAAACAAAAACAAAAAAACCUACCAAUACUUUGUUAGGUUUCAAAAUUACGAUAAUUCUCAAGGUGAUCUUGAAAUCUCAUAAAACCUGAACAAAGAUCAUAGCGAUGCACACAGCUCAAUACAAUUUUCCAAACUUAGUAUCAUGACUCAUGGUUUCAACAAAUAUUUACAGAGUGCCAAGCACUGUGUUAUGUAGAUGCUGUCACAAAUUGUGAUCAAAUUUGGAGGAAAGGUAUUUGACAAAACAAACCCACGAGGGGAAAACACGACAUCAAAUGUAAACACUGAAGACAAAACGACGCCUAGACAAUUAAUUUAGUCCCUUCGAAGUCUCCGAGCAGACAGGGCUGGUGACAGAGAGUGUCUUCGGCUUGGGAAGUCGCCAGGCCUGUGUGUGCCACCAAAGGCCUGUGCUGCCCUGAAUUUCCCUCUCCAUGACAGGCCAUGACUGUCCAGGGGUGGUAACCACAUGAGAGCGCUUACUGCUGCAGAUGUCACCUGACUCUUCACAGAGAAUCUGUCCUAAAGAAAAUAUCUAUAUGACCACUUCCAUUUCUUUACUAAAUGGCUUAAUGGAUUUCCUUUACUCCGAUUCAUACGAAAGCUGCCCCUUUCAACCAAAGCAAGAAAGGAUUCUGCAUGAGUCUGUCCCAGAAUGCCAUUUUCAAGUCACAAACAGGUGAAGAAAACCUCAUGAGUAGCAACCAUAGAGACUCGGAGAGCAUCACUGAUGUCUGCUCCAAUGAGGAUCUCCCUGAGGUCGAGCUGGUCAACUUGCUGGAAGAGCAGCUGCCACAGUAUAAGCUAAGAGUGGACUCUCUCUUUCUCUACGAAAACCAAGACUGGUCCCAGUCAUCACACCAGCAGCAGGAUGCAUCUGAGACCCUCUCUCCAGUCCUGGCUGAGGAGACCUUCCGCUACAUGAUUCUAGGCACAGACAGAGUAGAGCAGAUGACCAAAACCUACAAUGACAUUGACAUGGUCACGCAUCUCCUGGCAGAGAGGGACCGAGAUCUAGAGCUGGCUGCUCGGAUUGGGCAAGCCCUGCUAAAGCGGAACCAUGUCUUAUCUGAGCAGAAUGAAUCUCUGGAGGAGCAGCUGGGACAAGCCUUUGAUCAAGUCAAUCAGCUGCAGCACGAGCUGUCCAAGAAAGAGGAGCUGCUCCGAAUCGUCUCCAUCGCCUCAGAGGAGAGUGAGACGGAUUCCAGCUGUUCCACACCCCUCCGGUUCAAUGAGUCCUUCAGCUUAUCUCAAGGCCUGCUGCAGCUGGACAUGAUGCACGAGAAGCUCAAGGAGCUGGAAGAAGAGAACAUGGCCCUUCGGUCCAAGGCUUGUCACAUCAAGACAGAAACAUUUACCUAUGAAGAGAAGGAACAAAAGCUCAUCAAUGACUGUGUUAAUGAACUCCGUGAGACCAAUGCACAGAUGUCCAGAAUGACUGAAGAGCUGUCGGGAAAGAGCGAUGAGCUGCUUCGGUACCAAGAAGAGAUCUCUUCCCUGCUGUCUCAGAUCGUAGACCUUCAGCACAAACUGAAAGAACAUGUGAUCGAGAAGGAAGAACUGAGACUUCACCUGCAGGCGUCCAAAGAUGCCCAGCGACAGCUGACGAUGGAGCUUCACGAGUUACAGGACAGAAACAUGGAGUGCCUGGGAAUGUUACAUGAGUCUCAAGAAGAAAUAAAAGAGCUUCGGAACAAAGCCGGCCCUUCCGCUCAUCUCUGCUUCUCCCAGGCUUACGGGGUUUUUGCAGGGGAGUCACUGGCAGCUGAGAUUGAAGGGACCAUGCGUAAAAAGCUGAGUUUGGAUGAGGAAUCUGUCUUUAAACAAAAGGCCCAGCAAAAACGGGUGUUUGAUACUGUCAAGGUUGCCAACGACACACGGGGCCGCUCUGUCACAUUCCCAGUCCUGCUGCCCAUCCCAGGCUCCAACCGUUCAAGUGUCAUCAUGACAGCAAAGCCCUUUGAGUCCGGUGUUCAGCAAACAGAGGACAAAACACUCCCGAACCAAGGGAGCAGCACAGAGGUUCCAGGGAACUCUCAUCCCAGGGACCCCCCAGGACUCCCUGAAGAUAGUGACCUGGCUACAGCAUUGCAUCGCCUUAGCCUGAGAAGACAGAACUACCUAAGUGAGAAGCAGUUCUUCGCUGAAGAAUGGGAACGGAAGCUCCAGAUUCUGGCUGAGCAGGAGGAAGAAGUUAGCAGCUGUGAGGCCCUCACGGAGAACCUUGCCUCAUUCUGCACUGACCAGUCAGAGACCACGGAGCUCGGCAGUGCCGGCUGCCUUCGAGGCUUCAUGCCAGAAAAGUUACAGAUUGUCAAGCCCCUAGAAGGAUCACAGACGCUACAUCAUUGGCAGCAGCUUGCUCAACCAAACUUGGGAACCAUCCUUGAUCCACGCCCAGGCGUCAUCACUAAAGGCUUCACGCAGAUGCCCAAGGAUGCCGUCUAUCACAUCUCGGAUUUGGAGGAGGAUGAAGAAGUGGGGAUCACUUUUCAGGUUCAGCAGCCUCUUCAACUGGAGCAGAAGCCUGCACCACCCCCGCCAGUAACGGGUAUCUUCCUGCCGCCCAUGACCUCAGCAGGGGGACCAGUCUCAGUUGCAACUUCGAACCCAGGAAAGUGUCUCUCAUUCACGAACUCAACAUUCACCUUCACCACCUGCAGGAUCUUACACCCCUCUGACAUCACUCAGGUCACCCCUAGCUCUGGUUUCCCAUCACUGUCCUGUGGAAGCAGUGCGGGCAGUGCAUCCAACACGGCUGUGAACUCUCCUGCUGCGUCCUACAGACUGAGCAUUGGUGAAUCCAUCACAAACCGGCGCGACUCCACCAUAACGUUCAGUAGCACGAGGAGCUUAGCCAAACUCCUGCAGGAGCGAGGCAUCUCCGCCAAAGUGUACCACAGCCCAGCUUCAGAAAACCCCCUUCUACAGCUUCGCCCCAAGGCCCUGGCCACCCCUUCCACACCACCAAAUUCCCCGUCGCAGUCACCAUGUUCCUCCCCCGUGCCCUUUGAACCCCGUGUCCAUGUCUCCGAGAAUUUCUUGGCUUCCAGACCAGCUGAAACAUUCCUGCAAGAAAUGUAUGGCUUGAGACCUUCAAGGGCCCCUCCUGAUGUUGGCCAGCUGAAGAUGAACUUGGUGGACAGGCUGAAGAGGCUGGGAAUAGCCAGGGUGGUCAAGACCCCUGUUCCCCGGGAGAAUGGGAAAAGCCGAGAGGCAGAAAUGGGUCUUCAAAAACCAGACUCUGCUGUCUAUUUAAAUUCUGGUGGCAGUUUAUUGGGUGGACUGAGGAGGAAUCAGAGUCUCCCAGUCAUGAUGGGUAGCUUUGGAGCCCCAGUUUGCACAACCUCGCCCAAAAUGGGUAUCCUGAAGGAAGACUGAGGGGUCCACAUUAACUGACCUCGUAAAUAAAUUAGCACAUGAAGGAUAGAUGCACUGAGAAUUGGGACCGGCCUAACUUGAGAGAAAAGGGAUGUUGUAGAAGGAUUGUGAAUGUGGAGAGGGCGUAGUGAGGGAUAGAGCGUUUGGAAGAGGUCUUUGAGGAUGGAGUCUAGUAACGUGGGGACUAGUGAGUAAUUUGGAGACAGAAAUGGAAGAAAGGGCUAGUUGUUCCUUUAGCUACAUUUUUCUUGCCUUGAAAACAAGUGAAUAGAGAAAUAAACCAAAUUCUAUCGAAACGUGACAGUAAUACCGAAGUGCUGGCACCUUGUCUCUAGAGAACACAAGCAGGAAGCGCCUGCCUACGAAGGAAACCCGGGGCAGCCCAGGCUGUUGCUGGGAGGAGGCUGUUCCGGAGAGUUGGUGCAUGCGCAGAGUGGUGUGAGCCGAGCCUGUGGGAGAUGCCUUCCCUGCUGGUCCCUGAUCAAAUGCAUCCAUCCAAUGGUGCACUCUCAGCGUUAGCAAAAUAAGGAAUUUUAUCUUGUCCUUUACAUCAGAAAUGGAGACUUUCUUAUCCGGGGACUUUGGGGCACGGAGAACCCAAACACCACCCAGAUAGAUCCCUUUGUAUUUGUGAUUAUUAGAACUUCAGUUUUUUUUAAGCUUGUAUUUUUGUACAACACAACAAAAAAAAAAUAACAAUGUGAUUGGGCUUGGAGGGAUUUAAGAGGAAAAUAAGGGUAAAUUGAAAUUAAAAACUUUUUUAGACUAUUUCUUCUGGACAACAUGGUGGCCCAGGAAUGCAAACAUUAUUGCCUGUUUCUCCGUUUUCCUUGGAGGCCAGAGGGUUUAAACCAGAAGUGCAAUCAGGCAGUAGGCAGUAAAUUAUGUUGUAUAUUUAUAUAUUUAAAUUUUUUAAGAAAAGUUAGUUGUAACUAACUUUAUCCAAAGUGUGCUAUGCAUAUUUUUAAUGAAAGAUGACAUGUAUUUGCACAAAAAUUCUCAGGCACAUAAAAUUAUAAACUGGAGUAAAACCCAGGUGCUUGCUUUGAGAGUGUGUUUUUGUUGGAUUUUGUUGUUUUCCUUGUAUCCACUAAAGCAUCUGCCUCUCUCUUGGUAUUUGCAAUAGAGACGGGUCUAGUUCAUGGGACAGCUAAGCUUUCCCCUCUGUUUCUUCUUUAAGAAGCUGAAGAGCAAGUGAGGCCUGAAGCUGGCUUUCGGCAUUCAGCCCGAGCUGCAGGCCUCAGGCUGGCGAUGAGCAGAGCUGUGCCCUGAGGUGGUCACAGUCUGCCUCUGCUUUGUCUCCUCGGGGAGAUGAGGUGGGACUGCUCAUUUUGUUUGUCAAGGCAGAGAGUCUUUUACUUGGUCCUCUUGGUGCUUAACUUGGAAAUAAUUUGCUUGCAAGAAAUUGUUUUCUGCCGGGGAGUUUUGUCUUCCUCUCUUGGCCUCCUCCCCAAGGAGAGAUGCACUCAGAGGGUUAGAAAACCCAACAUCCACACAAUGUUAGGAACACAGUGGAUUUUCUAUAUUUCUAGCAUCUUUAAUAAACUUUUCUAAAUUUCUCAGAAACAAAGGGUGGAGAGAUGCCCAUCCCUUCGCCCCCCUUGCCCAGUCUAGCUUCUGUCAACAGUUCAUCACACGCGUGUAUGAAGGACUCCGGGUUAGCCAGUGACCCUGUCUAAAGCAGGCAUUAACAAGAAUUCUGCUGUUUCAAUUUCCUAGAUAUUCCAACUCAUGUUUUAAAAACAGCGUUUGCAUUCCUAGUCUAUAACUGAGUACCUCCCUCGGCAGAACCUGAAAGCUGUGCCUUGGAUCCUGAAGAAAGGCUCUCCCUGUUGCCUGGACAUUCACAGCUUCUAAGGAAGGGACAGCACAGAGUAGGGAAGUGUGGGGCGGAGGGGGCAGUAGUGUUCACCAGGUUUACACACGGUACCACUAUAGUGAACUAGAUUUUCAUGGAGUUCUGUGUUGACGAUAAUUCGGUGCUUUUGUCAGUGCCUAAGUGGCCACUGGAAGCAGAGUUGUGUCUUGGCAGCCAGAUGACACGACUGAUUAAAGAAAGCCAGACUUGGGUUUUUGAAAAUUAAACUGAUCUUGAUGUUCUGUCAAAACAAAUUGUACCCAUGCAUGCUUGUCUCUAACAGUGAAUCCUGUCUUAAAACUGGGUUUUGCUGAUUUUCAGUUUUCACUAAAGUUAUUUUGGUACAGCCUGAGAACCUGUUAUGUGAGACUAUCUGCAAUAUAUGACAAGAACUAGAACCUUCAAGUGAGUUCUUUCUCCACAGGAUACUGUUCACAGUUUUUGUUUUUCAUUCAUGUCAGCUGGUGUGUGCGUUCAUGCUUGCCUGGGGAAACCCAACUGUUCUCUCCUUCAGGAGUCUCAGUAGUGAUCUCUCAGGCACUCCCACGUACCCUGCUACCUAUUCAGAGAGUCUCCUUGAGCUCAGAAUUAAAACUGCCCUGAAUUUUUGAAGACCCCAAACCUUAUGUAAAUAGCCACUGUUAAUUAAGUGGGUUUUGUUUUUUAGGCUUUUGCUUGCCCUUGGUCUGACAUAAUGAUCAGACCCUGUCAGGGUAGGAUGUCAGAGGAGGCUCACCCACAUUUUACACAGUAUUCCAGGUUCCUAGUGCAUCAUUAGUAGCGGGUGGUUCUCACGUGAGCUUGACCUCUGUAGCCAGGGCUGUCUGUGUGGGGCCUUCUCUGCCAUCAGGUGUGUGCUCAGUGCACUGCAGGCAUGCACACCAGUCCACUGCCACGUGUGGCCCCAGCAUGGGGUCCUGGGGGCUCCAGGAAAACAUUAUCCUGUCAUAUCGCCAAUAGCUCUUUAUGCGCUUCCUUUGCUUCAUCAAUUGUAAAUCAGAUAAUAAAUUGUAAAUCAGACAAUAAACACAAGAGGCUUCUUAAA